UGUUGCUUGGUUUGGUUGUGUGUGGCUGAUGCUAAAUUAUUUUGAUUUCGAUAAAACAUAGUAAAUUGAGUGAUAAUUAUGUUUUAAUUACAUGCAUAAUGUUAGUUCUUAAUGCUUGUACGGUGUGCCUUAGCACUGCUGUGAAACUAUUCCAUUUAGACUGUGGAAACCUCAGAAAAGAAUACAACUUGGUGUCUGGACUCAAGACAACUGCUAGUAAUGGUUUGCCGUCGUAUCUGUGUGUUGAAUGUGCUGCUUAUGUUAGAAAAUGCAAGAGGUUUCGGGAUAAAUGCCAGCGAGCAAAUUACACCUUAAAUGAGAUCCUUCACAAAAAUAAAGAGAUUACAGAAUGCAACAUAGGAGCAAUCAACAGAAAAAGUAUAAACCUUUUACCUGAAGUGUCAUACUUAGACAGAUCUAGAGCUAGUUACCAGAUAUGCAAGUUCCAGUGGACAAAGUUGAACCGGCCGAGUGAGCCAGUGCGGCUGAGCAUACCUGUCAUCCACUAUGGGGACACCCCCAGUGAUCCACCCACUGAAAACACUCAACAAACUGUAGAAAUUGAAGUGCCCUUGAAAAAGAAAAGAAUAAGCAAACCCAAUAACAAUGCAGUCAAAGAAGAGAUUGACCAAAUACAAAGCUGCUAUGUGUCUUUUGAACCAAUUGAUUAUGACAAGAAGGAAGAGCUACUUAAUGACUCGGCUACUGUUGGUGCUGAUGAUGAAUACUUCAAUGACUACACUGAUGACAUGGAUUUCGAAGUGUUUCAGUGUAAAACUGAGGCAGGAAAUGAUGAUAAGAAUGUUGAUGGUUCCAAUUUAGAGGAGGAGUAUGCAAGUAUGAUCCCUAUAAGUGCGAAGGAAGCGCGGGCCGCGGUGGAAGUGUACAAUAUGUUCAGUACUGGGAAGAACAAAUGUACUGUUUGUGGUAAAGGAUAUAAGACUGUCAAGAGAUUGAAAGUGCACAUGAGAAUGCAUGAUAAACAUGUGAGUGGGGUACACUAUUGUGAACUCUGCGGCUACUACUACAAGACUGAAUUCCUAUUGAAGACGCACAUGACGGAGAAGCAUUUGUACAAAUAUGUCUGUAGACAAUGUCCUGAAGUCAAUUUCGAUAGAACAUCAGCCAAACAGCACUUCAUAUGGACGCAUCUGCAGAAGGGACACAAAAAGAAUGCCAACUGGUACGAAUCCAGACCCACCUGGCUCAGUUCACGAGGCGGAAGGCGCGUCAAGGGAGUCGCGACCUUACGUCCUGUGCGGAAAGCGUCAAAGUUGCCCGCAGACUUCCUCAAAUAUUCGACAGUGACGCCUCAAGAGCAGUACCAGAUGAUAAGUGACAGAAAGAAGUCUAAAAACUAUUUGGAGUCGGAGUUUAAGUGUGAAAUGUGCUUUAAAGGAUUCCGCGAAAUGGAUACGUACGGCAAACACAUGAGGAAACAUGAUCCAGCGUUUGCGGGCCCCCUGCAGUGCGACAUCUGCAAGCUGCACUUCAAGUCCACGCGCUACAUGUACAAGCACAUGAUCAUCUCGCAUCUGUUCCGCUACUCGUGUCAGAUGUGCGAGUACACGUGUUACAACAAGGGACAGGCGCAAGAGCACUAUAGGUUUCACAAGAAUGUCACCUACAAGUGCAAUCAAUGCGAUCUUGUUUUUAAGAAGCACUCGACUCGCCUGACCCACAUCCGCAUCAAGCACCCGUCCACGGCGCUGUGCAACCUGUGCGGGCACUCCUUCGUCAGCGACGCCGGACUGUACUUCCACAAGAGGAAGGCGCAUAGUGCACAGGAGAUCCAGUCGGCGUCGCACGUGGCAACAGUGACGUCAUCACCGCUGUACUGCGCCGCGUGUGACGUCAUGUUCCUGAGUGAAGCCGCCUUCGCCACCCACUUCGGGAGCUCUAGCAACCACGCCGCUACUAACCUCUCAAUACAGACUAAGAUGGGCGACCCGAAGCGGCGCGGGCGGGGCGAGGGGCGUGCGCGGAAGGCGCGGGGGGCUAAUGCAGCCUCAGAAAUACUGAAUAAUGGACUCGCCACCGGGACUAAUUGUGAAGUUUGCGGCAUCCAGCUGGCCAACGACGUGCAGGCGCGCGCGCACUACCGCGCCGCGCACCCCGGCACCGCCUUCCUCAAGCGGUACAUGUGCCACGUGUGCGGACACACCACCAAGCAAUACGCGAACCUGCAAGUGCACAUGCGCACUCACACGCGCGAGAAGCCGUACCCGUGCCCGCACUGCGACCGCCGCUUCAGCAUGCCCAGCAACCGCGACCGGCAUAUUGUGGUGCAUACAGGCGAGAAGCCAUACGAGUGUGAACACUGCCAUCGUCGGUUCACACAGAGCAGUGCGGUAAAACUACACAUACAAACAGUGCAUCUGAAGAUACCUUACGCGCCGUGGGACAAGAAGAACAGGAAACGAAGGAAAGAAAUGGAAGCCACCGUGGUGCAGACGCAACCGAAACUCAUGGUGGAUUCCACUGGCGAGUAUAUUAAUGCGUAUAUAACUUAUAAUGAUGUUUGAGUAAAGGUUUUUUUUAUUUUUAUUUAGGGACGUUGCUUGUUGAUGAAAAUGUCAUAGCCUACAGCACUAUUAAGUUCCUGUCUAGACAAAAUUAACAGAGUGCUGGUAUUUAAAAGUUAAGUGCUCUACUUUUAUCAUACUUACAAAAGUGUCCUUCAACUUAAAGGUUCACCGAAUGAAAAAAAUACAGUAGUCAACACGAAAGCAGGACAAUUUACCCUGCAUGCUUAUAAACUUUUGAUGUAAAUUCUUUCGGUAAUAGUCUUUGCUUGAUAGAGUAACAAGCAUAGGUUAUCACAAACUUUCGCCUUAAUAAUAUUAGUGUGAUGUGAUAGACUUGUCUUCGGAAAGACUGAUAAAGUUUCAGUCUACAGCAUGGCAUUUUCCAUCUAAUUGUUCACGCAAUAUAAAAUGUUCCUCAUAAAAAGCACAUUUGUCAAUAGUGAGAUAGGUACAUUGAUACAGAUAGAAUUUGUUGUGAAUGAUGAUCACAUCUAGUUUCUAGUUACAGAAGAGAUAAAUGUCAUUAUAUCGUGAUUGGAAAGUGCAUUCAACGAGUUCAUUCAUCUACGUCGAUAAAGAUACCGUGCAACCCUCAGAAAUUAUUACUACUACAAAUGUAAAUGCUGCCAUAAUUUGAGUAAGAGAUUAAUCUAAGAUAACUAAAUACUGAUUCGUAUUUUAAGAAGCUUUAUAGUUUAAGUUUCCAAUGUACGCUUAUAACAACUCAUAAUAUUUCUUACUUAUAUUUUUGUGAUGAUUUACUUGAAAUUUGAAAGUCUUAACCAAUGCAUAAUAAUGAUUUAAACUUGUAUUAAAAGUGCAUUAUUAAUAACUUUGAUAAACUAGAUAUUUCUAUGAUUUUAAGUUAUGAUGUGUUAUAUAGAUUAUGUAUGUAUUAUUAAGAAAGAUUAUGAAUGCAAUUAUAGAAUACAAACUAGAUUUUUCUAAGAAUUUGUUUCAUUCGUAACACUAUAUUUCUGUAGACAGACUU